AACAGUGAAUUCGUUUAAUAUCAUGAAAUCUUUUCAGGUUACUGUUUUUUUCUUUCUUCCGUCACUUCUCACAAAACGAAAGUUCACAACUCGCUAGCAAGGAUGGACAGGACGCAUUUGCUGAGUGACCAGGAUGAAGCUGCUCCAUCGUGUCCUGCUGGAUCUUACACAGAUCCGAGGGAUGGGGCGACGGCCCCUCCUGCAGAUUCGAUGCCUGUGGUUCCUGGAUAUGAGAGUUUGGGGCCUAACGUUAUUCCACCGUCAGAUUUCGGAUCGGCGCAACCACCAGCCCCAUCCAGAGCUCCAGAGAGACGCUUUGACAUUCCUGCCAUCACUGAAGAACUCGCUCAGGAAGCCUUCAUAAAAUAUGCCAGCAGCAAAUGCUGUUACAGCUCUAAACCAGCCAAAGAGAUGGUGUUCACAGACCUGCAGUCGCUCAACACAUACCGGUACCGGUUGGAGACUUUUACUGAGUCCAGAACAACAGAAUGGGACAGUGAACCAUACAAUGGUCAGGUGGUGGAUGGUUUCGGAGUGGCUCCUGCUCCGUGGAGCAUCCCGGUGCCCAUUCCUUCCCUCUUCAAAGACUGCGAGAAAGCCGUCCGCGUUCCUCACACAUCCACCAUCAAAGGCUGUCAUUCCUGCCUGAAUCUGGGUAGAUCUGCUUGCAGGAGAUGUGUAAACUCAGGCAGGACUCAAUGUCCAUACUGCGGUGGCCUGGGGAGAACCGGCUCCAAUCGCUGCAGUCCGUGUCAGGGCUCUGGCAUGACUAGGUGUCAUUCCUGUGGAGGAGUUGGUUCAACCACUUGCGAAACUUGUGAAGGGCAGGGAAAGCUCCUCUGCUUUAUCAAACUUAAAAUCACAUGGAAGAACAACGUUUAUGUGGCGGUGAUCGACAAAGGCUCGGGAUUCCCGGUUGAGCUUCUUGAUCAAAUAAGUGGAGAGAAACUUCUUACUGAUAUGGCUCCAAUGGUUUAUCCAGUUGUCAGUUUUCCGGACAGCUCUGUGAAUGCUGAGUCUGAAAGUGGCGUGAGGGAACAUCAGGCUCAGUUUGCAACCACGUGCCGUAUUCUGCAACAGAGGCAGACCAUUGAGCUCAUUCCCAUCACGCGAGUGCAUUAUGUCUGGAAUGAGAAAACCCACAUUUAUUUUGUGUAUGGAACCGAACACAAAGUCUACACCAAAGACUAUCCUGUCAAAUGCUGCUGUUGCUCAAUCCUUUAGGGGGAAAAAAACCUCUUUGCAGUUUAUAUUUUUAUAGCUCAUGUC